AUGGAGAAUAAAACAGAGAAUGUGAACCGGUCUAACAACCCUUCCAGCCCAUUUUAUCUCCACACAGGAGAGAACCCAGGAAUUUCUCUUAUUUCUCAUACUCUUAAUGAGUCCAACUACACUUCUUGGAGUAGAAAUAUGAGGAGAGCCCUCCUCUCCAAGAACAAAUUGAAAUUCAUAAAUGGAGGGAUCAAGAAACCUCAAAGAAAUAACCCUCUUUUCGAUUCUUGGGAAAGAUGCAACAUGAUGGUGCUGUCUUGGAUCAUCAAGACUCUUUCUCCCCAAAUAGCCAAAAGUGUUAUAUAUGUGGAAGAUGCUCAAGAAUUAUGGGAAGAGUUGAAAGAAAGGUUCUCCAAAGGAGAUCAUUUUAAAUUUUUCAGACCUGCUGCAGGAAAUUCAUUCUACCAAACAAGGAGAAAGGAGUGUGACUAA